CCUAGGAAGGAGUAGGCAACAACAGAGCACCACUCGACGCAUAGGUGUAAUGGAGGAGUACGCCUCUUACAUGUUUAGCGGCAGCAUGCAUAGCUACGGCGGCGUUGGCGGCGGCGCCAUGGCCACGGACGCGGCGUUGGACACCGGCGGGGACGACAUGCAGCACCUGCUCAACGCGCUGAUGCUCGACAUGGCCGCCGAGUCCGACUCCUUCUCAGACGACAUGGAGGCCGCCUCCUCCGAGUCCUCCUCCUCCGCCUGCUCGGCCAACAGCCACGAGGCCAGCCGGCGGCCGCCGCCGCCGCAGCAGCAGCAGCAGCCGGACGACGGCGACCGCACCACCAGCGAUGACAACAACAAAUGUUCCAAGAAGCAGCAGCAGCAGCCUUUCAUCGGCGUGCGCAAGCGUCCGUGGGGCAAGUUCGCGGCCGAGAUCCGCGACUCGACGCGCAAGGGCGCCCGCGUGUGGCUGGGCACCUUCGACAGCCCCGAGGCCGCGGCGAUGGCCUACGACCAGGCAGCCUUCUCCGUGCGCGGCGCCGCCGCCGUGCUCAACUUCCCCGUGGAGCGCGUGCAGGAGUCGCUGCGCGCGCUCGCGCUCUCCUCCGCCGCCGCCUCUGCCCCGGGCGGCUCCCCUGUCCUGGCGCUCAAGCGCCGCCACUCCAUACGCAAGCGCUCCCCGAACAAGAACAAGAGGCAGCAGGAGCAGCAGCAGCAGCACCAACAGGUGGCCGUGGCCGCCGCACCACAGCAGCAGCCGCCGCCGUGCCCCGGCGGCAACGUUGUGGAGCUGGAGGACCUCGGCGCCGAUUACCUUGACGAGCUCCUCCGGGUGUCGUCCGAGUUCGAUUGGCAAUAAUCCAUGGUAAAUGGCGGCCCUGCAAGUGCAACGUGCAAGCGAAGCGAGGCUUUAGUUGUAGUGGAUCGAGUUCAGUUGCCAUCAGAAUUCAGAAAGCAUGCAGAUUGCAGAGCACUCCUGCUGCCCUGCCCUGUCUUCGCUCGCCAAUUGCGAGAUCGACGACGACUUGUGCUCAUCUUUUUCUUGGACAUAUACUCGCUUGUGUUUAAUCUGUGCAGGCCCCA